CAACCAUAAACCGAUUGAAGCAGAAAGCAAAUAAUACACAACGCAAAGAAGGUAUGAAAAGAGGAACACAAGCCAUUACAACAGCUAUCCAACUCUACGCCAUGUCGCCAACCACAGAAGCAGCGAGAACCCUAUCUUUUUCGUCCUCCGUCCCCUACUACCACGAAGACGGCGAUCGAUUGUCGUUCGGAGAACUCAAGGAAUACGGACAAGACAUUGCCCGAUCCGAUUCUUCCAAGGAAUUCGUCGCGAAAUUUUGGCGGCGGCGGUCGAACCAGGAAAUCAGUAUGGACCUCGAGGAUCUCCUGGCGGAGCUCGCGGACGAGAGCGCGAAGAACAGAACCAACGGCACCAACAAUGCCUCUUGCAUCAGCAGCACACUGCAUCCAGAUGAGCUGCUCAUCGUUGCCGAGGGGGUCCGUCACACGGCCGAGAGGUCCUCGAUGAUCUCGCUGGAUCUGGACGACCUCUUCGGGGAGGAAGACGGCGCCGACAGAAGCGACCAAAACCACCACCUCAAUCCCUACGGCAUUGUUAGCACCCUGAACCUCGACGAGCUUCCGGCAACCACGUCGUGCAGCGAUUGCGAAUGCGAUUGCGGAGGAAGCGAGGAAACAAAAACAACCUGGGGUUCGGAGCCGCAACCCGGUUCGUGAUGUACGAACGACGACAGCUUUAUGGUCCGAGGCGGACACAUACAAGAAUACCCGGGGAAAACAAAACAGGACAACAAGAUACUCAUAUUAUGAAGCAGUGCCAAAUUACAAACUUGACAUAAAACAAAGCAAACAGUGACGACAUGAGGUCGAGAAUUAUUGCCCUUAAAUAAUAAGAAUAAAAUACUUCGUACCAC